AUGUCGAAAGUCGUCCAGAAGAAGAAUCACUGGACCACCAAGGUGCAUCAGUGCACCGUGACCCGGGGGCCCCAGGGCGAGCUGGGGCUCACAGUCUUGGGGGGAGCCGAGUACGGCGAGUUCCCCUACGUGGGCUCCGUGGAGCCCGAAGCCGAGCUAGGGCUUACUAGCAGCGGCGAGGGCAGCAGUAUGACCGAGGGCGAGCUGCUGCUGGAAGUGCACGGCGUCCGCGUGUCCGGCUUGCCCCGCUACGACGUGUUGGGAGUUCUCCAGAGCUGCAAGGAGUCCGUCACCUUCAAGGCCGUCAGACCAGGAAGUCGACUGAACAAAGAUCUGAGACACUAUCUCAAUCAACGUUUUCAGAAAGGAUCCCCUGAUCAUGAACUGCAGCAGGUCAUAAGAGAUAACCUUUACCGCCAUGCGGUGCCUUGCACAACCCGGCCUCCAAGAGAAGGAGAAGUACCUGGGGUGGAUUAUAAUUUUCUGACAGUCAAGGAGUUCCUGGAUCUUGAGCAGAGUGGGACUCUCUUAGAAGUUGGCACAUAUGAAGGUAACUAUUAUGGGACACCCAAGCCUCCCAGCCAACCCGUCAGCGGGAAAGUGAUUCCCACUGAUGCUUUGCAUAACCUUCAAACCGGCUCCAAGCAGUCAACCCCGAAACGUACCAAGUCCUACAAUGAUAUGCAAAAUGCUGGCAUAGUACACGCGGAGAACGACGAUGAGGAUGACGUCCCUGAAAUGAACAGUAGCUUGACAGAUUCUGGAGAACAAGAAGAGCACAAUACCCAUAGUACAAGAGAGACAAUCCUGCCACCUGUGAAUAAUAACAUCACCACUGUUCCCAUCACGGAACCAUCUCAGAAGCUCCCUCAAUACCUACCUCUUUGUGCAGAGGAAAACUUAGGUCCUCUACCUGAAAACUGGGAGAUGGCCUAUACCGAAAAUGGAGAAGUCUAUUUUAUAGACCACAACACAAAAACAACAUCUUGGCUAGACCCUCGGUGCCUGACCAAACAACAGAAGCCUCUGGAAGAAUGUGAAGAUGAUGAAGGGGUACACACCGAGGAAUUGGACAGUGAACUAGGUACAUAUAGGAGAAAGGUGAAGAGGAAAUGGCUCUUAAGCCAUAUCAACAGGAAAACACAAUAUGAAAACCCAGUCUUGGAAGCCAAACGGAAGAAGCAGCUUGAACAGCAACAACAGCAGCAGCAGCAGCAGCAGCAGCCACAGCAGCAACAACAGCCAGAAGAAUGGGCAGAAGACCAUUCAUCACUCGCUGCUCCUGUUGUUCCAAACCAUCCAACCAAUAGCCAGGAGCCUGUUAGAGAACUUCCACUUCAGGGUAAACCCUUUUUUACACGAAAUCCAUCUGAGUUGAAGGGCAAGUUCAUUCACACAAAACUGAGGAAAAGUAGCAGAGGCUUUGGUUUCACUGUUGUUGGUGGGGAUGAGCCUGACGAAUUCCUCCAGAUCAAGAGUUUGGUACUAGAUGGACCUGCUGCAUUGGAUGGCAAGAUGGAAACAGGAGACGUCAUCGUCAGCGUGAACGAUACCUGUGUGCUGGGACAUACACAUGCCCAAGUGGUCAAAAUCUUCCAGUCCAUUCCCAUCGGUGCCAGCGUGGACCUCGAGCUCUGCCGAGGUUAUCCGUUGCCUUUUGACCCAGAUGAUCCCAACACGAGCCUGGUGACUUCUGUGGCCAUUUUGGACAAAGAACCCAUCAUCGUGAAUGGUCAGGAGAACUACGACUCGCCAGCCAGCCACAGUAGCAAGACGGGGAAGGUCAACGGGAUGAAGGAGCCCCGACCUAGCAGUCCUGCCGAGGUGUCUUCCAAUGGUUCCCAUGGUUACCCCAACGAUACCGUCUCUUUGGCUUCUUCUAUAGCAACGCAACCAGAACUCAUCACUGUUCAUAUAGUCAAAGGACCAAUGGGCUUUGGUUUUACUAUAGCGGACAGUCCUGGUGGAGGAGGCCAACGGGUCAAACAAAUCGUGGACAGUCCGAGGUGCCGAGGCCUGAAAGAAGGCGAUCUCAUAGUCGAAGUGAACAAGAAGAAUGUGCAGAACCUAACUCACAAUCAAGUAGUAGAUAUGUUAAUCGAAUGUCCAAAAGGGAGCGAGGUGACAUUGUUGGUGCAACGAGGAGGACUGCCAGUUCCAAAGAGGAGCCCAAAGUCGCAACCACUGGAGAGGAAAGAUAGCCAAAACAGCUCUCAGCAUAGUGUCUCCAGCCACCGGAGCGGACACACGGCUUCCCCCAGCCAUAGCACACAGGCGCUGCCCGACUUCCCUCCCGCUGAGGCCCCAGCAGCAGACCAAAUAGACAGCUCUGGACAGAAAAAGCCAGAUCCCUUCAAAAUCUGGGCUCAGUCCAGGAGCAUGUAUGAAAGCCGACUUCCAGAUUUCCAAGAACAAGAUAUCUUCCUGUGGAGAAAAGAAACGGGAUUUGGCUUUAGAAUCCUAGGUGGAAAUGAACCUGGAGAGCCCAUUUAUAUUGGUCACAUCGUCCCGCUGGGUGCUGCUGAUGCAGACGGUCGCCUCAGGUCUGGAGAUGAGCUAAUCUGUGUUGACGGGACACCAGUGAUUGGAAAAUCUCACCAGCUCGUGGUCCAACUUAUGCAACAAGCUGCCAAGCAGGGCCACGUCAACCUCACUGUGCGGCGUAAAGUGGUCUACGCAGUCCCCAAAGCAGAGAAUGAGGUCCCUUCCCCAGCAUCUUCCCAUCACAGCAGCAACCAGCCAGCAUCACUGACAGAGGAGAAGCGUACUCCCCAGGGCAGCCAGAACUCUCUGAAUACCGUGAGCUCUGGCAGUGGCAGCACCAGCGGGAUCGGCAGUGGCGGCGGUGGGGGCAGCGGAGUAGUGAGCACAGUACUGCAGCCGUAUGAUGUGGAAAUCCGCCGGGGGGAAAAUGAAGGCUUUGGCUUUGUCAUCGUAUCCUCUGUAAGCAGGCCAGAAGCAGGGACCACUUUUGGAAAUGCAUGUGUGGCCAUGCCCCACAAAAUAGGUCGGAUAAUUGAGGGGAGUCCUGCUGACCGCUGUGGCAAACUGAAAGUAGGAGACCGGAUCUUGGCCGUGAAUGGAUGCGCCAUCACCAACAAAUCCCACUCAGACAUUGUCAACUUAAUCAAGGAAGCUGGAAACACGGUUACCCUCCGCAUCAUUCCAGGGGAUGAGUCCUCGAAUGCCACUUUGUUGACCAAUGCAGAAAAGAUUGCCACCAUUACAACCACGCACACUCCUUCCCAACAAGGAGCCCAAGAGACCAGGAACAGCACCAAACCAAAGCAAGAAUCGCAGUUUGAUUUCAAAGCCCCCCAGGCUGCGCAGGACCAAGAUUUCUACACUGUUGAACUGGAAAGAGGAGCCAAAGGAUUUGGUUUCAGUCUUCGAGGAGGCAGAGAGUAUAAUAUGGAUCUCUAUGUGUUACGAUUAGCCGAGGAUGGUCCAGCGGAGAGGUGUGGAAAGAUGAGGAUUGGUGACGAAAUCUUAGAAAUCAAUGGGGAAACCACAAAAAAUAUGAAGCAUUCUCGGGCUAUAGAACUGAUAAAGAAUGGUGGCCGCAGAGUUCGUCUGUUUCUGAAACGUGGCGAUGGCUCAGUACCGGAAUAUGACCCCAGCAGCGACAGGAACGGCCCCCCCACAAGUCCACAAAAUGUACCGGAAAUGAAAAGCGGGCCAUCGGAUCGGCGGCAGCACCCAUCAUUGGAGUCCAGUUAUCCACCAGAUUUUCACAAAUCAUCACAACAUGGGGAAAAGCGAGCAUACGUUAAAGACCCAAAAGGCAGCAGAGAGUAUAGCAGACAACUCAAUGAGCACCACACUUGGAAUGGAAUUUCUAAAAGACCUGACGGGGCCGGUGCGGGGAGGCCGAAGGACCGGACGCCAGAGGGAAGGCGAGAAUCCCACCCGGAGAGGAUGGCGAUAAACGGACCGAAAAAGAAAUCACCGGACAAGAGGAGAGAGGGAACGCGGAGUGCCGACAACACUUUGGAGCGGAGAGAACGGCAUGAGAGGCGGCGAGAGGUUUCUCCUGGGAAGAGAAGAGAGCGGUCACCGGGCCACAGGAAAGAUGCUUCGCCCAGCAGGCGGAGGAGAUCCCUGGAAAGACUCUUGGAUCAGAGGAAAUCUCCAGACCGAAGAAGAGAGUUCUCGCCCGAGAGGAGGGCCAAGUCCUCCGACCGAAGGAGAGAGCGGUCCCCCGAGAGGAGGCGGGCACGGUCGCCGGAAAAGAGAAACCGAGAUGACAAAAUCGGCCGUAAAGAAAGGGAAGCCCCCAAUCAGAAGCCAGAGAUGAACAGAAGUUCCAGACAUCCCCCCGAGCAGAGAAGGAGACCUUACAAAGAAUGCAGCACUGACCUCAGUAUCUGAGCCUUUUUUGCAUCACGUUCCAGCCUUUACAGGGUUAAAGAUUUUAAGAGGGUAACAAAUUAUUUAGUUUCUUACAUAACAAAGCAUCCAAUACCUGAUGAUAUUAAGGAAUAGCAACAAACAUUUUAUGCAGAUGAAACAUAUAAGAAAAAAAUAUAUGAAAAAGUGUUGUGCCUGAUGUAUCAUAUUAAAGAAAGUAUUUUUAAAUGUAUACUUUUUUGAAAAUUAUUUGCCAAAUGCUGGCCCUAAAGGAUAUAAAUUUUUUUUUUUUGUUUGUUUCUACAUGCAGUGUAGAGUUGUGGAGAGUCAUCCUUGACUGGGCAGCCUUUAACUCUCAUAGUCAAAUGGGGCAGUCAGUAAUUCCUCUAGGGAAGGAAGUUUAUUGAUUACAUU